AAAGAUUAUUGGCAUUAAUCAAUAAGUAAGAUAUUGACAAUGCGUGCGAGACACUACCUAAAGUAAAUAUCGAUUGUCCAACGGCUUUUCCCAUAAGACGUACCAAUAAUCUAAAGGUGCAUAAUUAAGUGGUCAUUCACUGCCAAUGCAUGAGCACUGUCUUAGCUGUAUUGCCAACGGGACCUGUGUUGUUAUAUUCAGUGUACUAUUAAGUGGUUAAGGAAAAAAUACUUUAACUCGUAUUUCCCCAGUAUGUACGCCUGCAUGCAACAUUAAAUUGGUCUCAUCCACCAGCACUUAUCCGCCUAUACCUUGCAAUAAAAAAAUUACCUAGCAGAACUUAAACGUUUACCUUCCAACACCAAGUAUUACUUGAGGAGAAUGUAAUAGGGUGUGGAAAAGGCCCAGAAGGAAAGACAACAACGACAAAUUGUGUACUUUAUCCAUGUGUGGAGCAUUGUGGCCCAGUGGACUCGUCUUCGGACUUUGAAACAGAGGGUCGUGGGUUCCAAUCCCAGCCAUGGCGUAAUUUUCUUCGGCAAGAAAUCUAUCCACAUUGUGCUGCACUCGACCCAGGUCUUCUACGAUGAAAUCAGUCCGAAGAUUCGCAGGCCUUGUCACAUUGGGAGGAAUAGCAUCUGUGUUGUUACUUCUGAACUUAAAAGAUCCGACAACAUUCAAACCUAUAACGGAGGAUAAUAGCGAGAAAAUUAUAACACCUUCAGCACAUCCAUUUCGGAUCGCACCAGGUUCUCUUCGACACCUUGCCAACGCCACAGCGAGCCAGGCCCAUUCGGGUAAAGAUGAAACCGGAACCUCUACUGAAAAAAUAACACAUUCCGACUCACCAUCUAGUACGAACACGAGCAACGAACAUGGGAUCGUCGAUAGAUUUUUAAAAGACCAACAGAUCAUUGGAAAAGACCCACAUGGUGGGAUGACGAUCUCGGACACCCCGAGUCCCUCUUUGGGUAGACAUGGGGACAACUCAAGUGGACCGGAAAUGCGUGAUGAAACUAAAUGCAUCCCUCGAAAGAACAUGAUGUACCUUAAAACUCACAAGACCGGGAGCUCUACAUUACAGAAUAUCAUUUAUCGCUAUGGUGAUGAUCAUGGGCUGACGUUUGCCCUUCCAAAAACAGGUGUAUACCUUGGGACGCCCUCAUUGUUCAAAAGGACAUUUCCCAUCCCGUCACCAACAGGAAAAUACAACAUGCUUGCUAAUCAUGCAAGAUAUAAUCGUCACGAAAUGGCGAAAAUCAUGUACAAGAACGCAGCGUAUGUGACCAUAAUCCGGCAUCCCUCAACUCAGUUUGAAAGUAUGUAUUCCUACUAUGGAUUUAAAGGUACCUUCAAGGUGGACCUUGAAGGGUUUGCGGACAAACCACAGAAUUAUUUUCGAAGACAGAGUACUACUCCUUCACAUAGUGCCCUUAACCCAACGCUUUAUGACCUAGGAAUGUCCAAACUGCAGAUGAACAAUGAUGGCGCUAUUCGGAAUAAAAUCACUACUUUGGGGAAUGAUUUCGAUUUAGUCCUAGUUGCAGAGCAUCUUUUAGAAUCGUUAGUUCUCUUAAAGGAGUUAAUGUGCUGGGAUUUGAGCGAUGUGACGUUUUUCUCAGCCAAUGCAAGAACGAAAUCAGAAGUGGACAAAAUGUCCAAGAGAACGUUUGAACAACUUUACAAAUGGAACCACGGUGAUGCCCUUCUGUAUGAACAUUUUAACCAAACGCUUUGGACGAAGAUAAAGGCAUACGGUCAGGAAAGAAUGGACAGAGACGUCAGGACGUUAGAUAAAAUGAACAAAGCACUAAAAGAAAAAUGUCUUGAUGGGACCAAAGCUGAAAUGAGUGUCUCUGCAUUAGUUAGCCGUUAUGUUGUACGCCUAAGUAUGAAGGAUAACAUUGAGUGCGUUAGAAUGAUCCGACCGGCCAUUCAGUAUCUAGAGUCACUAAAAAAGAAACAAAGGAUACCGGCUGGGUGAGACAUUGGUUAUGACCAGCAACCCCAAAACCACCAAUGAGUAGCCCUAAAUGAAUCUAAGAUUCUUAAUGAGCUUGGAGAUGCACCUCACAGGCUUUAAAAAUAUAUAUAACUUGUCUUAAUUGAUCAGUAAUAUCCCAACGAAUUUUUUAUACAAUGCUCAAGAACUCCAACAUGGUCUUAAAAAAGCGAGGUUUUAAUUUCUAGGUGGCACGCAUGAGGUUUGCACACUGAGUAAUUUCUAUGAAACUUCCAAUUUGUCCUCAAAAAUUGUGUAAAAGCAAGUCUUUGAUCUUAUCUUUUAUUUCAAACUUCAACUAAAGAAGAGGAAUUUAUCAUUCCGUCAGCUUACUUUUUGAUCAUGUUAAUAAUUGCUUCCUGAAACGCGAAGUACUGUUUGGAUAUUGAGCGAAAAACCUUCCCUGGCGACUAAUUGUUGCUUUGUUGGGUGGCUGGUCAGAUAUUGCCUAAAUGUGCCGUUUUUAUUAUCCUUCACACGAAAAUAAAUUUUAAAUUUUCAGAUAUAGAA